AUGCAAUCGUCUCAAUAUUCGAUUGGCUCUACUGCAAAGCAUUCAAGGCACUCGUCCCGGUCAACCUAUCCUUCCUUUCUCUCAGUACAUGAUACCCUGCUUCUUCAUCUCAAUUGUGCAUGGCGUGGUCUGACUGAUAGCUGUCGUUGGGAUCGUGCAGUAUCCGCCGUCGCAGGUGACGCGGAAAUACGUGCCAAUGUGUUCAAAUCAAUGUUGCUGAAUUCUCUGUCUUUGAUCUCUAUUUACACUUUCGACUUGUUGCUCCAGCCACUAGUACGAGACCAGCAGAAAUGGCUUCAUCGUAACGUUGGAUGGUUCUAUCAGCUUCUGUGGCUUUUCCCUGUCGUUAGCGUGUCUUUCUAUCUCAACAGUUCUUGGUGUACAACAAUUGCCCGUCGGACCUAUACGCUUCAGCAUGGCAACCGUGCUCUUUCUCAGCGAACAGGAAGUACAUAUAAUGGAAUGCUCAUGUCCAUCGCCACCUCUGCGUAUAGAGCUGUCAUGGUAUUCACGUCGGUUGUUGUGUCCUUUGCGUUAGGAUACGUUCCUUACGUGGGACCUGCAAUGGGAUUCUUGUUUCUCUGUUGGGUGGACUCCUAUUAUUGCUUCGAGUGUGUCGCCAUCUUCCAUUCUGUUGACGACACCUAUUCUGAAUCCUCCUUGCGUCAAGAUUUGUUUGGAUUUCGCGGGGUAUGUCUCUUUUCGAGAAGAAUUCGAUAUCUUGAGGAACGUUGGGCAUAUUAUCUGGCUUUCGGACUUCCCUCCGCCUGUCUCUGUACAUUUGGUAGCGGUCUUGCCAACGCUGCACUCUUCGCAUUAAUAUUUCCAGCUUAUAUCAUUAUGGCGAUGCAUGCAAACCCGGCACCAAUUGAUCCAUACAACCCGAGUAGCAAUACAACCAAGUCACGACGCACUGACGAUCCUAACGAUACCAUCAAACAUCCAUCACCCUUCGUACCGAUACGAAUACCAGUUUUCGCUUUAGUCUUAUUCAUCGAUGAUGCUAUAGUAAGCAUCUUAAGUGUAGGAGGCCAGCCCAUGGGACGCGGUAGAGCAGUCAGCGACGUAACGGAGAAUGCUGAAGAGGGAACGAUGGAAAUGAAUACAUUCACCUCCCUUUCUCAACCAAGGCGUCGAUUCAGAAUUAGCACCCGUAAACAGGACUGAUUUUGUGAAUGCGUCGCUCUUGGACCUCCCCUUUUGUCUUACUGUCUAAUACCAUAACACGAUACAGUAUAUGGAAUCAUUUUCAACCAAAGCCUCCCCAUUCAAUAGACAUC